GGCUUCAUCUCUUUGGGCUAAACUGAAAGUCUGCACGGGGGGGCCAAUCGAAGGGCCCCGAGGUGGUCAGCAUAGGCCCCUCGGCGACUUCCCAGGUCGCAAUCUCCAGGAAAACCACCGCAGGCUCAGCGGAGCUAGCCGCCGAGCUGCGCUCCCCGGGACCUUCCGGCGGUUGCGCCCUUUAAUCCCGGAAGUGGGCAGGAGAGGAAGCGGCUGGUGAUGCUGGAACAAACAUGGCCGCUCUGGCGCCCGUCGGGUCCUCCGCCUCCCGCUGUCCUAGGCUGGCCGCGGGCCUCCGGCUGCUCCCGAUGCUGGCUUUGCUGCAGUUGCUGGCCGAGCCUGGCCUGGGCCGCGUCCAUCACCUGGCACUCAAGGAUGAUGUGAGGCAUAAAGUUCAUCUGAACACCUUUGGCUUCUUCAAGGAUGGGUACAUGGUGGUGAAUGUCAGUAGCCUCUCAUUGAAUGAGCCUGAAGACAAGGAUGUGACUAUUGGAUUUAGCCUAGACCGUACAAAGAAUGAUGGCUUUUCUUCUUACCUGGAUGAAGAUGUGAAUUACUGUAUUUUAAAGAAACAGUCUGUCUCUGUUACCCUUCUAAUCCUAGACAUCUCCAGAAGUGAGGUAAGAAUAAAGUCUCCACCAGAAGCUGGUACCCAGUUACCAAAGAUCGUCUUCAGCAGGGAUGAGAAAGUCCUUGGUCAGAGCCAGGAGCCUAAUGUUAACCCUGUUUCAGCAGGCAACCAGACUCAGAAGACACAAGAUGGUGGAAAGUCUAAAAGAAGUACAGUGGAUUCAAAGGCCAUGGGAGAGAAAUCCUUUUCUGUUCAUAAUAAUGGUGGGGCAGUGUCGUUUCAGUUUUUCUUUAACAUCAGCACUGAUGACCAAGAAGGCCUUUACAGUCUUUAUUUUCACAAAUGCCUUGGAAAAGAAUUGCCAAGUGACAAGUUUUCAUUCAGCCUUGAUAUUGAGAUCACAGAGAAGAAUCCUGACAGCUACCUCUCAGCAGGAGAAAUUCCUCUCCCCAAAUUAUACAUCUCAAUGGCCUUUUUCUUCUUUCUUUCUGGGACCAUCUGGAUUCAUAUCCUUCGAAAACGACGGAAUGAUGUAUUUAAAAUCCACUGGCUGAUGGCGGCCCUUCCUUUCACCAAGUCUCUUUCCUUGGUGUUCCAUGCAAUUGACUACCACUACAUCUCCUCCCAGGGCUUCCCUAUCGAAGGCUGGGCUGUUGUGUACUACAUAACUCACCUUUUGAAAGGGGCGCUACUCUUCAUCACCAUUGCACUCAUUGGCACUGGCUGGGCUUUCAUUAAGCACAUCCUUUCUGAUAAAGACAAAAAGAUCUUCAUGAUUGUCAUCCCACUCCAGGUCCUGGCAAAUGUAGCCUACAUCAUCAUAGAGUCCACCGAGGAGGGCACGACUGAAUAUGGCUUGUGGAAGGACUCUCUCUUUCUGGUCGACCUGUUGUGUUGUGGUGCCAUCCUCUUCCCAGUGGUGUGGUCAAUCAGACAUUUACAAGAAGCAUCAGCAACAGAUGGAAAAGCUGCUAUUAACUUAGCAAAGCUGAAACUUUUCAGACAUUAUUACGUCUUGAUUGUGUGUUACAUAUACUUCACUAGGAUCAUUGCAUUUCUCCUCAAACUCGCUGUUCCAUUCCAGUGGAAGUGGCUCUACCAGCUCCUGGAUGAAACGGCCACACUGGUCUUCUUUGUUCUAACGGGGUAUAAAUUCCGUCCAGCUUCGGAUAACCCCUACCUACAACUCUCUCAGGAAGAAGAUGACUUGGAAAUGGAGUCUGUUGUGACAACAUCUGGGGUGAUGGAAAGUAUGAAGAAAGUCAAGAAGGUGACCAACGGCUCCGUGGAGCCCCAGGGCGAGUGGGAAGGCGCUGUGUGACAGAGCCGACCCUGAGGAUGGCACUGUCCAAGGAAACUGUUAACUUAUUCAUAGUCCUAUUGGAGAGCAGGAGCAGCUCCUCCAGUGAACUCUUGGCACCUCCGACAGUGACACCAGGGCACAUGGCUGGAGCACAGUGCCACGGAAACCUGACUUUACUCUCUUUUAUGGAAACGAUCUGUGGCUGGUUCAAGGCAGCUGGAUCCUCCUUCAGGCGGAAUGGGAGGGCGGGCACAGAGAGGAGGAGAGGAAGAGGAAAGGAAGAAUUCAUUUUUUAUUUAGGUUUAUUUUUUUCUUCUUCAUUUGGGAGCUCUAAGGGGUAUGCAGUUGUGACCCCACGUGUGGGGCAGCGUAGCAAGGACAGCUGGUGGAGGGGGAAGGAGGGUGCGAGGUACCUGUCUGAGGCUUUAGGAAAUGUCUACUGAGAACCCUGGACUAAUGAAGAGGGGCGGGGAGAGUGCCGUUGCCUGUUCAGGAGGCAAAAAUGAAUGAAAACAGGUGACUUUGGAAAGCAAAGUCAAAACCCAGUUGAGGAUGUAGCAUCUGCCCCAGGAUUCCUGCCCUCAGCAUUGCCCCAGACCCUUAUUCCGGAUGCUUAGAGUGACCAGGACAGCAGCUCCUGCGGCCCAGUGGUCGUCUUUCCAACAGGAAGAGAAGGCUGUGAUGUCACUGUCAGGGUCAUGCCCUGUGGCACAGCCCAGGUGGUGGGAGGUGGUUUUCUGAUUGAGAUGUUGUCUGAUGGAUGGAAAGAAAUGUAUUUUUAAGUUCAAAAAGCAUUAGCCUAUGGCGUUCCCUGGACAUCCACUCCCUGACAGCCCAGAGAGCACCGUCUUGGCUUCCCUUCAUGUUCGUGGCUUUGUGGUGUGUGAUCAGAAUUUUGGGGGAAAUGGAAAGGAGUUUUCUUUAAGGAGCACCUGCGGGCAGAAUAGGUAGUAUUUAAGCAAAUACUUAAGUCCAAGCAAAUCAUCCCCAUUAAAAAGCUUUUCCUGUAGGCUAGUAGGAUUUCUAAAUAGAUGAAUUCAACAGACUUGGUCCCCAUAGUCCAAGAGUAUGUAUGUGAAGAAAGUGAGCACGAUUCAACAGUUUCACUCUCAGGGAUUUUAGGAUGGCGAAAUCUUUCACAGAAACUCAGUGAUUAAGUUCCCUUCCACACUUGCAGAACUUGGCAGUGAACACAGGUAGCCACCUAAAGUGAGCAGUAUUGCAACUCAGAAAAUCAUCUGAAUAGUGGGACAAGCUCAGAAGGUCCAUUGUGACUGAGGGCUUAAAAGGAGACCAAAACAUGGCUCCGUCAGGGAAGCUGCUUAAUGCUUGGGGGGCCAGCUAGGUAGGGUUGCUUCCAAAAGCUGGAGCUCACCCCUGCCUGGGGCUUGUCAGAGAGCCACCCCUGCAGGGGAACAGGGACCUCCCAGGCGUGAUAGUCGUGGUCUCUGGGGGUUGUUUUCUCACCUCUGGCUUAGAAGGGUCAGGCAGAAACCACAGGAUGUGGGAUAACACUCACUAGCCCAGGUUUGGGAACCCGAAAAAGUCUCCAUUCAGAACAUGGUUGUUUUCCCUGUCCCGUGCCAUUUUAUUUUCCUAAAUGACUAAUGAGGAAGCGGGUGUUCUUUUUCUGCACUUUGAUUCGCCAUCUGGGUUCUGUAGGGUGCUCUGAAAGUGCGACCUGCUCAUGUGGAGGAAGAGCAAGCGCCUUCCCAGGCCACAGCUGCUCACCUCUCGGCAGAUAUUUUAGGCGAGCAUCCGUGUGUCUUCCCACCCUCAGGAGAAGGGUGAAUGCGCCCUAAGAAUUCACUCCUGGACCUUUUUAGAAUUCACUCGGGACUGUGUGACAGAAGGGAGUUGGGAGGAGGAUGGGAAUAUUUUUAACACUUUGUUUUCCUGUGCAGAAACACAAUACCAGUUUUUGCAGAAAUGUGUUUCAAUCUGUGACUACCAAAGCCCUCCUUAGUCCUUCCCUCAGAGGGACACAUUUGCUGUUUCUCCCGCAAGCAGAUGUUGUGGAUGAGGCGACAGACUCCUUGGCAAGAACGAAAGGUGUGAUGAAACCUCCCUGCUCGGAAGGGUCUCCGUGGAGGUGUCCUCAUUUCACAUGCUGGGUUUUGCAAGCAAGGAAGCCAGGGAGUGAAGGAGCUAGAGAGAGGCAGGCAUGCGUGUGGACAGUCGCUGGGGCCGCAGCUGUCAGACUGGCACAGGAACGCCAGUGUUGCGUGUUCAGAUUCCACGCGUAUGUCUGGGCUCACUCACAGCAUGGCCAAGUGUCUGUAGUGCUGGUCCUGACCCUUCCAGAGCAGCAGUGGACAGAUGAGAUAAGACUGUUUCAGAAGCAAAGAUGGCCACAGCCUUCCUAACAAGGAGGUCAUCUGGCCAUGUCUGUAUUGUAACUGGUAAAAGGCUUCAAGUCAGACUGAUGAUCAAGAAAAGUCAAAACCCCAGCCCAAGAUUGAGAAAGCAGGUGGUGGUUCCAAGCUUUUAAGAAAUUAUUGAAGCUCUCCAUCCUGUUCUGUGAGUGCGUCUUCUCUUUCUCCUUCACGUCAUAGCUAUAACCCACCGUUCAUCUCUGCUCUUGCGUAAAGAUGACCGAUGGCGUCCAAAGCCAAGUGGCUUCACCAGCUGACAAGCCACCCUCCUGCAGCCUGAGUUUCACACUCCACUGCGUGCGUUGUCAUGUGGGGUUUGAAUGGUUAAGCCCUCGCAGUAUUUCAGGGAUCGGGCAGAAAAUAUCGGAUGCACAUAGCAGAGCCAUUGGUGGUAUUUACAGCUUCGCUUUGUACUCCUCACUGUUUCUGCCUGUGCAAAAUAUCCAUGUUUCCUUUGAGAAAUCUGUUGUGGACUGAAAGUGCUGCUGGCUGUGAAAUUUAAUAAAAUGUGUAUGUUUUGCUAGAAAGUUAUUUCUUGGACAAUAGGAAUAGUCAUUGAUCUCUAAAUCCUGGCUCCUAACAGUGGCUGAGGACUUAGCAGCCUAUUUCUUGGCCCCUCAGUACUUUAAAGUGUAAGUAGCACUGCAUUUGAUGAUGUUGAAUAUGACUCUGGUGAAUCGUAGGAGGCACUUGUGAGGAGAUGCUUGCUUCAGUGUAAAAGAUGCUCAUGGCCUGAGUCAGUUGAGUUUUCUUUAAAGAAACCACUUUAGAGUGAAAUACCCAGGGUUUCCCCGCCCCUGACAUGUCCAGCCCGCCAAGGCAGCACACGGCCCCGUAAGUCCACUUCGUGUGGGUGAGAUUUCCUCCUGCAUGAUGACCUCAUCACCGUCUCUGCUGUCUCUUGUCCCACAGUCUCCCUCCCUCUUCCCUCCUCCUCUGCCCUCGCCCUUCCCCCUCCCCCUUGCCAUCCUCCUCCCCCUCCUCCUCCCUCCUCCACUUCCUCCUUCUCUUCCAUCCCUCCUCCUCCCUCUUCUUCCCUUCUCUGCCCUCUUUCUCCCCGUGCCUAUUGAUCCCACAUAGGCUCAUUCUGGGCACGGGCUAAAGGCUUUGGUGCAUUGCAGCAUUUUCUCCCAGCAGCUGUGUGAAAGAUGCAUUUUCUAAGCGAAGGAGAAUUUUCUCAAGAGCGUGCAUACUCGUGCCAUAUAUUACUGCUUUGGGUCAUAUAGGAUGGUCUUCCUCCACACUAAAAUGGGUGUCUUGUUUUGGUACUUACAACAGUCUACUCCAGGCGCCCAGUCCUUACAGACCAAGGAAGAGCAUAGCGAUGCCUGUUGGAACUGCAGAUGCAUUCUGGCCUCCUCCCCCGUCCUGAAGCAUUUUCUUCGAGGAAGGCUCUUAGAACAUUAGGUAGUCUGCUGAGGUUGUUGGCCCAGCUCCAUACACCCAGUAGAACAGCGGAACAACUCAUGCUUCAUGCUGCCAAGCUGCUGUACUUCAAAGGAAACAGGUCCUAGCCCUUUCCUGCACCCCUGCUUCCACACUCCACGCUUCACCCCUCUGCUUUUCUCUGACCCGCCCGUGGCCUUGUAAGACUCACCGUAAGCUAAGUCCAGGGUGCCUGUGGCCUGCGGCUUGAUUCUUCCCUUCAGGAUUCAGCAAGUUAAUGACUUCCCCGCUACAGAAGUUAGACUUUGACUUGAUACCUCUUGGUAUAUCAAAAAGGUAUUCAUCCAGAACGUACCAAAUGUUCUGAGAGACCCGCUCUUCACUCCAGUUUUCCCUAGGGUGUUUCUGGCAGGGCGUCUUUAAAAGGCAUCUACCUGAGCGGACGCUAAUACUUGUCACCACCUGGAAGGUAGUUAUUGGUCGGCAGGCUGAACAUACUCCAGAUUCCCCAGAGGCCACUUCUGUAGCCCAGCGAUGCAUCUGAGCCUCUCUGCGUGGUUUAUGCUUGAAAAAUAGAUAAUGCUUUUAGAUGACUCACUGCCAGGCCAUGGGCCCCGCACAUCUCAGGCCCUGUGUGAGGGAGCACACUGAGAUGGUGCAGGAGUGAGUGGGCGUGGCUUGGCCUCGCUGCCUCAGGGACCUGUUGGAGUUCCGGCAGCAGGGCGUCUGCAGGUGGGACGGCGUUCUGGGCAGAGUCAGCACGGUCAGAAUGAAACAGAACAGCGAACUCAUCCAGAGGGCAGCUUAUUUUGAGGCAGGGUUUUGGAUUUUGGAGGGGGCAGCCAGAUGAGGCAGUAAGCCUCCAGAAGGUCAGCCUUUGGAGCACAUAAGAUUAACUGUUAACAGGGUCCAGAAGUUGUGUCCACACGGGGGCUUUGACUCUUCAAACAGCUUUUGCAGAUCGUAAAUUGCAUUUGCCUAGUCAUGUGACCUCAAAAGAAGUCAGACAUAUUUAAUCCAGAAAUAGUUUCGUUUGAGGGAGGGCUUGCAGGUCUGUAAAUAGCAUUUGCUUUCCUGGUUAGAGAUUGGGAUGCAGAAGGAGUUUUCAGUAUUUUUUUUUUUUUAAACACUAAUCAUUGAAGAGUAUUUAUGUAAACAUAUAAUGUAUAAUGGGUGGGGGAUCCAAUCAGGGUGAUGUACGGGGUGAAUUCUCUUGCCGUGUUGCAAAAUGUGUAAAAUAAAGAUUAUCUGGCAGAA